AUGGAAGAAGUGGCCAAUACUUCCGGUGCAACGAUAAUGUUGAUGAGUGCCCCGUCCCAGCACGACUUCAAAUGGACGCACGAGCGCUGCAUGUUGCUGCUGCACGAGUACGAUCUGCUGAAGGACAAGUUUAAAGAUCGCAAGCACAAGAAGAAGGACCUGUGGGCGGAGAUCAGCAUGAAGUUUAAGAAGAUCUACGAGUAUGAUCUCGAAUGGGACGUUGCGUACAAAAAGUUUCGAAAUCUCAAACAAACGUUCGAACAGGUGAGAGCAAAACUGAAACAGCAAGCCAUUACCGGCCAGUAUAGCAACCGCCCGAAAUGGCCGUACUUUGAAAAGUUUCAGCAAAUACUCGAAGAUCCUGGGGUUGUUUCGUACAGUUACGUCGCCGAGCAACAUCAUCAGCUACAACAGAAUCAUCAUGACGAGGAAGACGACACCGACGAUCAUCAUCAUCAUCACCCCCAUCAUCAUCGUCACCACCAUCAUAAGCAUCCGGCACAUCUCGAUCCGGCCACCGUCGGACAGGUGCUAGCCGGUGAAGAUUUCUCCGACACACUAGUAGCCGAGUUUCCGAUGGGCGAAGAACUCGAAAUACCUGCCCAACAGGUCGAAGAAUGUAGUGAGCAGAAUGAUGAUGAUCAUGCCACAGUGGACCAGAAAGAGCUAGUGGUCCAAACAGUCCUGGAUAGCGAAGAAGAUCAGGAUCAAGGAGGAGAGGAGGAAGAGGAAGAACAAGUGACGGAACACAUAGAAGAGGAAGAAAAAGCACUGGCACAGCAAACGGAAGAGCUGGAGGAAGAAUCACCACCACACAGGAAGCGAUUCCGGCGGCUUAGCGCCUACGAACAGGAGCGGUUAAUGAUCGAGCGAGAAAAGCUGGAAACACUGCGGGAAAUUCAGCGUGGAAUCGAGUGUAAGAACGAUAUCCUGCGCGGCAUACUGCACGUCCUGCAGUCCAGGGUGUGGCAGGCACAUCCACCGAUGGAUUGA